AUUGCGCAUGUCCGUUUUCCAAGAAAAAGAGGAUCUACACUAGCCUGCGUUGAAGUAUAAAAUGUUCCUAUUGCGGCGCAUCUUAAAUAUUCGUAGGAAAUAAUUAUUUUAAGUUCGAAACAUAAAUGUGUUAUAGUUGUGGAUUUAAAUUUCUUAUAAAAUCCGAAUUGCUAUAUUAGAGUGCACAUGUGAACAAAUCAACAUAAUUAUACUGUUAAACACAGGGCAAAAACUCAGUAUAUUUAAAUUUGUUGUUUUUAUUUUCAAAUCGAGAAAAAAAGCACGUAUAUGGCUUUAUUGACGCAGAUUUGGAUAUUACUGUUGAUGACGUGUGCCUGGAAUGUUGAUGCAAAGUCGUUAAUGAAGCGGAGACUAAACACAUUGGAGACAAGAGUGAACAGUAUUGAAGAAGAUAUCGAAGCCUUAAAUAGUUCAUUCGUCAUUCUUGAAGAUCAGGCGUGUGAGUGUUCAAAUGUGAGAGCUGAAAAUGGCGGGCAAAUAAAGCAGAAUCUGGGACAGUCUGUUGUUUCUCACCAGAGCGAAACUCGUAUCAAAAAAACAUUUUUGGAUGAAAAGAGAUGGCUUAGACAAAAAGUCAAAAUCAUGGAGAACGAAAUGCGUAAAGUCACAAAUCAGGUAGAAAAUAAUAACGAUAUGUUUGCGGAAGCGAUGGCAAGAAUGCAGAUCAAGGAAAAUGACCUAGACAGAAAAUUACAUGAGGCCAUUUCAGAGGUAAUGAAAAAUUGCAGUGAUGAAAUCGUCAGUCGGGAAAAAAAUAAUAACGAUUUGUUUGCGGAAACAGUGACAAGAAUGCAGGUCAAGGAAAAUGAGCUAGAUAGAAAAUUGAAUGAGGCCAUUUCAGAGGCAAUGGCAAAUUACAGUGCUGAAAUCAGAAAGAAGGACGAGAAAAUGGAUGAGCAACAGGUUGAAAUAGAUAAUCUGAAACAGUUGAUGAAUGAAACAAAAAAGGUGUCAGAGGAUCUAUUAGUAACAUGUCCUGAUGGUUGGGCAGAAUUUCAAUCAUUUUGUUACUUAUAUGUUAAGGAAAAACAGACCUAUGUCUCAGCACGUGAAACAUGCCUUAAAUUGGGGGCGAGUGUAGCGGACAUUCAAAGUUCGUCCGAAAACGGUUUUGUUUACAAGUUAUGUGAAAACAACGGACAUACAUGGACAUCAACACUAAAUGAAGGACGCGUGUGGAUAGGACUCACCGAUGAGGAAACGGAAGGUAUAUGGAUUUCUGAUAGGACCAGAGAAAAAAAAAAUACAUACAUGAACUGGAGACCUGGCCAACCGGAUGAUGUUUCUCAGGACUGCCUAGUUAUGGGAUAUAAAGCACCGUAUGACCAAUGGAAUGACUGGCGAUGCGAAGACACAGGAUGGCAAGCUCAGUUCGUUUGCAAGAAGGAAUUAUAAUACAUGUAAAAGAGUCCACUAGUGCAUAUAAGUGCGUCCACCGAUACAAUAUAGUUUAUUUCAACAUGACGUCAACAAAUUUAUGUGCAUCAACAGCACAGUGCAUUAUGUUAAAAACUGUUAUAUAUCAAUACAUAUAUAACUAAACGCAGUAUAAAUGUGUAUUACACUAAAACAACUGGAAGCGUAUUAAACAAACGACUGUUCCUGCAUUUGAUCAUGAAUAUCGCUCUGUACCCAUGGAUAUCUUAUAUAUUCAGUAUAUUUAAAUAAAUUUGGUGGGGAUUUACUACGCCUGAAGUAAUUGUCUAUAAAUGAAGUAGUUUGGUGAAAAAUAGCCAUUUGAUAACUUUAUGCAUAAUGUCUUUUUUUUUCUUAAAAUUCAAUUAUUUUGUAAUAGUAGUAAUAUUAGUAGAUAUGUUGUGUAUAUAUGAGUUUCUUGUAAUUCUUUCAUAGAAUGGACAUAUACAAUAAGCUGGUUAUACCAAAUUGUACUAUAAUAUUUUUUAUUGUAUUCUGAAAUAAAUUGUGAAUUGAAAUAAAACGAUAUAUCUGCUGUUUUUAGAUAGCAUAGCUGUGAAG